AUGAAGGCCCCAAGGGACGAGCUAAGUCUGGCGUUUGAGCUUCCGAAGGAUGAGCACCACCACCGCUCGGAUUUCUUGGCACUGAAGCAAGUGACGCAAGUCCACGUGUUUGUCACGGAAAUGAACGCUGGGCAUCAGCAUUUUUAUUUGACGCGGAAGCCCCUGAAGUCGCUUGAAGAGGCGUUUGCUAUCGCGUUGCGUGAGGACGUCUACGUCAUGGCUUCGCGCAUGGAAUAUUCUUCGCCUCCUCCUGCUACUCAACUGCCUGAUUUCAUGGGAGAUGCGCGAUCGAUCACACCAUCUACUCUCGGCGUGCUCCAAACGCCGAAUCCCAGAAGCCUGUAG